AUGCUGUUUUGUUAUUGCCUAGGAAUUGUCGAAGAGUUUACAGGUUUCGAGCAUACGCGUAGAGCCACCUUCGUUGGUACAGCCCAAUAUGUGAGCCCAGAGAUGCUGCGAGGGGACGAAGUUGGACCACCAUGCGACUAUUGGGCACUCGGUGCUACCGUUUUCCAAAUGAUCUCUGGCCAGGCUCCGUUCCGGGCCGUGAACGACUUCCAUCUGAUGAAUAAGAUACAGAAGCUUGACUUUUCGUUCCCUGCGGAGUUCCCUGAUAUCCCUAAAGAUUUCGUCUCAAAAUUACUGGUACUGGAUCCGAUGGUACGACUUGGCUCGCGAGAUCUGACAGAGCUCAAGUCUCACGAAUUCUUCACUGGAAUCGAUUGGGAAAAUAUCGUGAACAUGAAGCCACCGGACAUGCUGUCAUCAGUUUCACCAGGACUAGAGGAGGCUGAGCUGAAGUCUCUUGAAAACAUGCCUGAGCCUGGUCUCGACGAAAAAGCUCUCAAUCGAUUGAUGAAUUUGUCACUGAUGGAGAUGGGCCCGGCUAAGCAGCUAUCUCUAGACAGUGAAAUCUUGGACACUGCGGUGGAUAUCCCGAGUGACAUGGUGGAACUACCUAAAGUUGACAAAAAAGCUCUGACAGCGAGGCAGCGAAAGCUGGAGAAACAACGAAAGGAAAACCCCUAUCACUUAUUCGUACAGGACAAUUUGAUCAUUCGUUCUGGAUUCAUAGACAAGAAGAAGGGUUUAUUCUCCAGGAGGCGGAUGUUUUUGCUUACUGAGGGUCCUCAUCUUUUCUAUGUCGAUCCGAACAGUAUGGAGUUGAAAGGCGAAGUUCCAUGGUCCCCGUGUAUGCGGACUGAAGUAAAGAAUUUCCGGACGUUCUUUGUUCAUACCCCCAAACGAAUCUACUAUUUGUUCGACCCGGAAUCGAGAGCUCUGGAGUGGUGCAAAGCCAUAGAUCAGGUUAAAGUCCGCUAUGCGGACAAAAUAGCUGAAUCGUAUGCAAGAGCAGUGAAGGAUGGCACAUAUGGCGUUAACAAAUUCAAGAAAUCGAGUAACUACUUUGGUGAUAAACGAAAAAAGACGGAGGAGGACGGCGGGAAACGUGACAGCCAUUCGGCUUCGACACCUCACUGA